CACUUCGUUCUUUCCACUCACUGGACACGUUGUAUCUCCUUUUAUCGGGUUUCCUUAUCGAAUCUCGGCAUCGCGUGCUUCGCGCCACCAAAUUUCUCAGUCUUUCGUACGAGACACCGUUCUUCUUUACCGACCGUCGAUUCGGAACGGACUGUUGUGAUCAGUUCGCGUGUAACGCUCGAAAUUUUCGGAUAUGGUGUAAGAUGUUUCUCCUCGUAACACUGUUGGUGAAGGAAUCCAUGAGCCAUGGAGCCGGUGUGCAGUGUCUAGAUUCGUCGAAUGAUUGAAUCUCGUGACUCGUGAAAGAGGUUUACGAUCACUGGCCCGUGGCAUGUGUUGACUUCAUGGUCUUCGAGAGCGUCGAGAUGCGGAACCCGGGGUUCCUCCUCGAAGACGCCAGACACGGAUACAUCCAGUAUAUCAGCCUCAGCGAAUGUUACUUCGCAGGCAAGGGCGCAGCCUUGGUUUUGCCUCCGAACGAAAGGGCCAGGCCCUCGAGAAGGGUCUCCGCGGCAGGAUGCGACAUCCAACAGCACUUGCAAUCUAUGUUCUACCUGCUCAGACCGGAGGAAACCCUGAAAAUGGCGGUGAAACUGGAGUCAGUGCAUCCAGGAAGGACGAGAUACCUGGUCGUAGUAUCCUGCACUGGAAGGCAGGAUGCCGAGGAGAGCUGCCUUCUUGGUAUCGAUUGUCACGCUAGGGCGACCGUUGGUCUUGUACUCCGGGUUCUGGCCGACACUGCCAUUACUCUCGACGGCGACGGAGGCUUCAGCGUCAGCGUUUGCAAUUCGCAGCACAUCUUCAAGCCGGUAUCGGUGCAGGCGAUGUGGUCGGCCUUGCAGACGUUGCACAAGGUGUCGAGUAAGGCACGCGAACAGAACUACUUCCUGGGUGGCCUGUCACACGACUGGGUCAGUUACUAUGAGCAACGAAUCGAGAGCGAUCGCUCGUGUCUUAACGAGUGGCAUGCUAUGGACAACCUGGAAUCUCGAAGACCACCGUCGCCGGACAGCGUACGCACCAAACCCAGAGAAAGGGACGAGACUGAGCGCGUGAUCCGAUCGACGUUGAAGGAGAUCAUGAUGUCCGUGGACCUCGAUGAGGUAACCUCGAAGUACAUUCGAGGUCGUCUCGAGGAAGACCUCGACAUGGAUCUCGGGGAGUUUAAGCCAUUCAUCGAUCAGGAGAUGCUCACCAUUCUGGGUCAGAUGGACGCGCCGACUGAAAUAUUUGACCACGUUUACCUAGGAAGCGAGUGGAACGCGAGCAACUUGGAGGAGCUCCAGAAGAAUGGUGUGAGGCAUAUCCUGAACGUAACACGGGAGAUUGACAACUUCUUCCCCGGGAUGUUCACGUAUUUGAACGUACGCGUGUACGACGACGAGAAGACCGACCUGCUGAAGCACUGGGACGACACGUUCAAGUACAUUACGAAGGCGAAAAAAGAGGGUUCGAAAGUGCUGGUACACUGUAAAAUGGGAGUGUCCAGAUCUGCCUCGGUAGUGAUCGCGUACGCGAUGAAAGCGUACAACUGGGAUUUCUCUCAGGCCUGGAAGCACGUGAAGGAGAAAAGGAACUGCAUCAAGCCUAACAACAGCUUCCUGCUGCAGCUGGAAACCUACCAGGGCAUACUGGACGCGAUGAAGAACAAGGAGAAGCUUCAGAGGUCGAAGUCGGAUACGAAUUUGAAGUCUCCUACCUCCACGAAGGAUCAGUCGAAGAAGGAGGAGAAGUCUGACAACGUGGACAAUGGUUUGCAAACUGUUUCGGGCUCUGAACUGAAGAAGACCAGCCAGAGGCCGAAGAGUUGGUCGCCGAACGUGAAAAUAACUGAAACCAUGUUGCCUUCUGUUCCUCUUUCGCAAUCCCUCGAGAGCAUUGACAAGGCAGGGAGCACGGAAGUGACCAGGGAAGACCUCCUCCGUUCCAGCAACCAGAAGGCUAGCAUGCCGCAGGAAGCCAGGAACGUGCUGAUGCCGUGCGGCAAUGGACAAUCUUACAGCGUGUCGCAGAACAAGAUAGUCCAUCUGCCAGGUCCCUUGCCUGACACGCCGAGCGUGAAGAACCGAGUUAGCAAGUUAGAGACGCAGCAGGGCCAGAGGAGGAAAGGGUUGGUACUGAACCUGACGAAUCAGUUCGAAGCAGUGAGCAGCAAGCCAUCUUCCCCGAGCUCUGACUCUGACGGGAAACCGUUGCCACAGAGUCCAGUCUCCAGUGUGAACGAGAAUGGACUCGGUAUGCAGCAGCCAACGUCAGAAGCGUUGACAGCGGUCUCCCUGAAGCAAAACGUGUGGGAUCCCGGCGAGAAGCAAUGCAAGAAGACGGAAAUCGGUAGUAAUAGUGAAUGUCUAGUCUGGACUGCAUCAUCGUCCGAUGCAACAUGUACCAAUUCGUGUAGUAACGCUAAGACUAACGGGGAAGUGAGUGCGGAGAGUGAGUGUGUCGCGAUGACGACGACGACGACGACGACGACUGUGUACCCUGGCACGUUGCCGCGAAAGGCCAGGAAAGAUGGGGAUCCGUUUAGUACGCACGUGGAUCGAGUGUUCGACCGCGAGGAAAGGCAAGGGGAGCCGGUCACGAGAGACUCUCCGAGCCGACAAAGCUCUUGGAGCAGUUACGACAGUGCCGUGGUCCUCGACAAUAAUUCGGUGCACAGUUCCUGGGCCACGCUACCGUCGAGAAACAGUUCCUGGGGCUCGUACGACAUGCGGCCGUCGGAUCUGCUCGGCUCCAGCGGCCUCUUUCCUUAUGACAAGGAAGAAAUACCCUGGCACCCGGGCACCGUGAAGCGUACCAAACAGAAACUCGAGGAAAACACCACCUCGGGGACCGUGAAACGCGUGUGCACGCAAACUUCCGACGCGGAAGAGAAGGACAGAUUACCUGUGGAGGAAGAAUCGUAUAACCCGGUGCUCCUGCACCAUACCGCCUCCCCAACGCCCCGAAGGAGGGACUCCUCGCCUAGCCACGAACACAAUUUAAAGGUAGACCCUGCUAGAAAUUCUCCGAGUCCUAUCCGAGGAAUCGACAUCUCGCCAGCGUCGAUUCGUCAAGUUGGAAGACUGUCGACGAGCGCCCCGGCGCCGUCUUCUCUGUCCUCAGACUCCGAUCUUCCCUCGUCCUUGAGAUCCUGCAGGUCGGAGAGCGAAACCUCAAGCCCGUGCGUGGUUAACACCACUCAAUGUCCUUCGGUGAAGCAUCACAAGAUGGUCCUGGAGAACUUGAGCAACAAGUCGAUAUUCAACAAACGUUGUCUGUCCGUGGAUGACUCGCCGGACACGGAGUGUCCCCGGAGUACCUCCGGUAUCGUGAAGAAUCUCAAGAAGGAGUUCGAGGCGAAGUCCACGAAGCUGGAGAAGAGUCCGGAGAACAGCUUCGAGAACGACUCGCCGAUUUCGGUUGGUCGAUCGAAAAGGGACGUAAAGAUCAGAAGUUUACCCUCGUCGCCGGUGAUCCCUCACAACGAGUCGAAAAUUCAGGCCCCGUCCGAAACCAAAGAGAAAGAGAAGCCGAGCGUUACGACGGCGUCCACGCAGGAUAGCUCGGAAGACCGGUCGGUCAGGGUCCUGGUUGGCAAGUACGAGGUGAAACCUGACUCGAGAAAGUCCUCGGAGAUACAGCUGCGCGUGCACAAAGACAAGGAUUGGGAGUCGAUGGACUCGCAGCACACGGCCAAUAAGUCGAAAGUGACUCCCGAGUAUAGCAGAAGGUCCGCGCCGAUCAUGAUCAACAAUCACUCGUCGUCUCCUCUGUUCGCCGAAGCACCGGAAGCACCUGGCAGGCCACCAGUUCCCUCGGCCGGAGUUGUGGCAGCUAGUAAGAAACAGCAACAGCACGGCAGGACGCAUCCUCUUGCCAGGCUGCAGGUCAGGCCUAGGCACAGCAGUCCGGUUUACAACACCAUGUAAAAGGGAAACGUUUUGUGUUUGUUUCUCCCAUUAAGUCGAAUCUGAGCGCGCGUACCUGAAUGCAUGGGUAUGUUGUCGUGGCCACGAUGUGAAACUGUGUGAUCUCUAUUGAUGCCAACGAGUCGAGGAUCGUCCUCUUCGAGCUCGACGACAAAUCGACGGGGACAGGAUUUAUAUAGAUUCGUUUCCCACCAUCUUCGAUGUACAAUUUACUGUUCGCGAGAAUGUCCUGUACUAUGCUGUGCGACGAUAAGACAGAGCACCCGUAUUUUUUCGAUGCUUCUUUAAACGGCAGAGUGUACAAGCUUCUCGCAUUCGCGCGACAACGCGUCUGUCCUGU